GCUUCUGUCUGUUGCUUCCAUUGUGGAAACUAUUUUCAAAAAGAAAAAAAAAAAAAAAAAACACAAUCUUAAGCUAAACAACAACAAUAGUCUGAUUUUGGAUGGAUGUAAAGAUGAAAGGAGAAACCAAACAAGCGCCGCAAAUUGUGUGGGAUGAAGAGAACACAGUGAAACUGAUCAAGGCGUAUGAGGCACAGAAUGUGCUAUGGAAUCCAGAAAAUCGCGGCUUCAUGCAUCGCAAUGCCAGAUACGAUGCGUGGAAGGCGAUGGCGAACGUGAUGCAAACGAGCGUGGAGGAUGUUAAGAGAAAAAUGAAUUCCUUAAUUGCCGUCUUUAGAUCGCAGUAUCGCAAGGGUGUUGCCAAUCCCCGUUGGUGGGCCAGUCACAUGUCCUUUCUGCUCAAUCCAGGCAAAGCCGACAAAAAAGACUGCCAGCCAAAGUCGGAUUUGAAAUCCAGCACUUGCGACAAUUCCGAAAAUAGCGACAAUUCGCUAUCGAACGAUCUCGACGGCAGCGACAGAGAGUUCAUUCUGGCCGAGCCAAACAAGCGACCCUUCCAAUCGGCAUUCCAAGAGUUUCGCGCCGAAUUCGAGCCACCGAAACGUCUGAUCAUCGUCGAGGAUGGCGCUCGCAUCGGCAAUGCGAUCCAUCUGACCACGAAUCCGCCAUCGAAUCUGAAUCCGCCAGCGAAUCUGAAUCCGCCAUCGAAUCUGAAUCCGCAUAACGAUGAUCGACAGCAAUCGAGCGGCGCCGAGAGUCCAACGCGGCCCGAUCCCAAUUCGGAUGACGAUGAUAUCAAGCUAUAUGCCAAGUAUCUGGAGUGCAAGCUGAAGAAGUAUUCGAUGCAUACGCGCAAUGCGAUUCAGUUCGAGUUCAAUCGCAUACUCUACGAGGCCGAUUUGGGUCUGCACGAUAAGACAAAUGCCCCCAGCCACGCCCCCAACUACAACAACAACAACAUUAGCUUUUCAUAAGUGUGAGGCUCAAAUUUGUGAUUUUAUCGAGAGUUUUCUCUGUUUUUUGGUAUUUUAAAAAAUUUAAUUAA